UGCUGCCUGGACUCAGAGCUGGACGGAGACAAGCUGACACGCUCCCGGUUUCGAGCUUCAUGUUUCGGUUUCUGUCCUCACAGCUGUAGCCGCAGAAAGCUGCCCGGCAGCGGAAGGUGAGGCGCUUCACGUCUUUACCUGACUUGUACCUGAAGGCAACGCGGCAGCUGCGCACGAAGGAAUGCAUUUGAACACCUGCGUCCCAAAGUAAGCGACAGGAAAACAGACUAAACAAAGCGGCAUGGACGGCUCACACGGUGCCGCUCUGGCGUCCAGCUGUAGGCCGACUGUCGGCGCAGCUUCACCGGAUGGAAAAGCUCCGGCCCCGGUGCCCGUGAAGAAGCAAGCCGUGAAGAGACACCACCACAAACACAACCUGAAGCACAGGUACGAGUUCCUGGAGACCCUGGGGAAGGGCACCUACGGCAAGGUGAAGAAAGCCAAGGAAAGAUCCGGCAGACUGGUUGCUGUGAAGUCAAUCAGAAAGGAGAAGAUCAAGGAUGAGCAAGACCUGGUUCACAUUCGGCGAGAGAUCGAGAUCAUGUCCUCGCUUUGCCAUCCGCACAUCAUCACCAUAUAUGAAGUAUUUGAAAACAAGGACAAAAUUGUGAUUGUGAUGGAGUACGCCAGCCGGGGCGAUCUGUACGACUACAUCUGCGACAAGGGGAACAUCUCUGAGCGGGAGGCCCGGCACUUCUUCAGACAGAUCGUGUCAGCUGUACACUACUGCCAUCAGAAUGGAAUCGUACACCGAGACCUGAAACUGGAGAACAUUUUACUGGACGGCAACGGCAACGUGAAGAUUGCAGACUUCGGACUGUCAAACCUGUACCAGGGCGACGAGUAUCUUCAGACCUUCUGCGGCAGCCCUCUGUACGCCUCCCCAGAGAUUGUCAACGGACGGCCGUACCGCGGGCCGGAGGUGGACACCUGGUCGCUCGGGGUGCUGCUCUACACGCUGGUUCAUGGCACCAUGCCGUUUGAUGGAAACAGCCACAAGACACUGGUCCAGCAGAUCAGCACCGGAAACUACCGGAAGCCCAACAACCCCUCUGAUGCAUGUGGACUCAUCCGAUGGAUGCUGAUGGUAAAUCCUGAGCGCAGAGCCACAAUAGAGGAGAUUGCUGGACACUGGUGGCUCAACUGGGGCUACCAGCAGCCGUUACUGUGUGAGAGGAAGAGCAGCACAGCGGAGCAGAGCCCUGCCCCGGUGUCUCCAUCCACGUCACACCCCGCCGGGCUGGCCAGCGUCGCCAGUUGGCUGCGGCGUACAUCCAGGCCUUUACUGGAGAACGGCUCCAAGAUGCGCUGCCUGCUCCGCUCGCAGGGCGGUGGAGGGGAUGUGGUCCGACAACGCUCUCUGCGAAGGUCACGCAAGGAGAACAACGUCUCCCAGACGGUCCAUGAAGGCAGCACGGACACUCGACCCUCCAAGGGUAUUCUAAAGAGACGUAACAGCGUGAAACAGAAGGCGAUGACUGAAACCCCAGCUGCAGGUUCAGUGGAGUCGCAGAAUAUUUUGGGCUUGUCUGCACCAGCUAAUGCUCCUUCAGAUGCAUCGCUGCCUCGCAAAGGUAUCCUAAAGAAGCCUGCAGAGCACGAAUCGGGGUAUUACUCCUCUUCUCCUGAGAACAGUGACUCUGGCUGGGUACCACCGACUAAAGAGUGCCCUUCUGCACCAACCUACAGGAAGGGCAUCCUCAAGCGGAAUGGAAAGUUCUCCUCAGGUGGGUUGCAGGAGUUUGGCUCUCUGGACCAGCUGGCAGCUUCUUUGCCGCGCAGCAGCACCAGGUCCAGACCGAGCGGGGCCAUCAGUGAGGACAGCAUUCUGUCUUCAGAGUCCUUUGAUCAGCUGGAUCUUCCAGACCACGUGAGACCGCCGACACAAAUGGAUAAACCAGCCAAAGCUAGCAUGAGAGGCUGCGUCUCUGCUGACAACCUGCUGGACAUCCAGGAGGACAGGAUCCUGGCUGAUGGGCUGCUGAGGUCCUGGAACUGCUAUGAGUCUGGAGUGGCUGACAGUGCCUUCUCCAUAACAGACUGUGAUAACGUCACAGAGGCUUACAAGCAGGCCAUGGUUAUAAGAGGCUCUGCAGCGAGCUGAAGACCAGUCAUCUGGAGAGACUCAGUGUAAACUAUUGUUUUUCAUUCUGAAUUUUUAAAUUACUGUAAACUACUGAAGAAAUGAGAGCCAAAGUGCAUUCUGUGAAAAUACCAGCACACUGUAGAGGUGAUCAUUUUGACUAACUUCAGGAAUUACACAGUACCAAAAAGGGAGGAGACUUGCUGUUAACCAGGAGAUUGUAUUUUAGAUGGUGAUUGAUUGUAAAAUAAGGUAAUUAGAUUGAUUUUCAUCUCAGUUGGAGUUAAAAGAGGCUAAAAAAAAAUCAUCAGAUGGCACAAAAGUAAAGAGUAGCUGAGUGAAAACCAUUUCAAAGAUUCUCAGGAUGAGAGAGAUGCUUGUGGUCAAUCUGGAGCUCGAAUAUUUAGUGUGAGAGCUUCUGAUCAAACGUGUGGUGAAUGAGAGAAUUGACAUUAAAGCCAAAACGCUGGUUUGAGUUUGGAGAACAUGUUACUUCAGUGACAGUCAGGUAGGAAACAUUCCCAGUAGGACUGAUGUGUGAACACAGCUUCAGGUGUAGAACAGCAGGAUCGCUUCAUUCCACACAGUCAGGUUCUCAUAUUGUAGACGGAGCAGUCUGAAAGGUUCAUGACUAUCUCUGUUUGGAUUCUAGCUUUGUCAUCAUCGUGUUUAUUUAGGAUAACACCAGUAAACACAGGCUCAGCGUUAGGAUGGCUUUCACUUUUACCGUACACGACAGUCCUUUCUGUGUUCUGGGAUGUGGGGAACCGACCUUACAUGGAUACCAAAGAGCAAAUCUUUUUGCUUCUCUUUAAGAACCAGCAAGAAGUGCCUGAUGAAGAUGUUUGUAACAUGAUCUUCAGCUCUCAAAGAGAGAGUUUAUCUCAUUGUUGUAUUCCUGAAAUGACUUGUUCUAUGUUUGGAUAAUGACUUGAAUAAUAAUCAUGACUCAAAACAAGCUGAACCAGCAGAACCGGCUUUUGCUCUUAAGCCUAAUGAGUGCACAGGUGGCCAGUGACUCUAUGUAACCAGGUGGCAGCUUCACGUGAAAGGUUGGGCUCAUUAAAGGACCAGCGUGUAGGAUUUAGGGUUAUGCUUUCGAUAACAUGGACGUGUAGUUGUCCUUAUACUACUUUCUGAUUACGACCCAUACAUUCGUGGUUGCAGAGCCCGCCGUGCAGCGCCGCCAUCUUUCCACAGCAGACCAAGCGCUGCCUCUACAGAGGACCUUUUGCAUUUUUGCGUAGAAGUGACAGCCACAAUGGGUUCGUGUUUGGAAAGGGAGGGGCAUUCAGUCGGCUGUGAUGUGCAGCCUCACCUCGAGAUGCCACUGAAUCGUACACGCUGGUCCUUUGGGUCGCGCAAUCGUUCUGUUUCGAUAGCUAGCUUCUGUGUGCUCUUGUAUAUUUAAACUGAGUUUUUAAGAUCAAUCCUGGAUUACUGGGGGGUGGUGCAGUACUUUACAAAGCCAGAUAAGGUCAGCCAACUCAUAAUGGCUGACUUGGUUAUCCUGCUUUACGCAAAACCCCCUGGUGCUCACAAAAAGCUGCACCAGGAUGUUUUUUUUUGCAGCACACUGAAGUUAGCUAGCCUAAGGGGUCCUGACCGGCCAUCGAAACCUGGUAAUCAAACAAUUUAUCUGUCAGCUGCCAUUUGAAUCAUUAAUUUAAAGGUAAAUUCUCUCAUUUUAACUGGAAGUUCUCGACAUGUUUGGACUCUUGCGGCUCGUAUAAUGGACUGAGCUCUACCGUUACUGAGUGCUCAUCAUUUAUUACUGAAGUGUGACAGGGAAAAUAUGAAGUCAGCCUUUGGGAAUAUGUUGAAUUUUUUCUGUAAUUUAAUGUGUAUUUGGGCAUUUCAUCAUUGUUUCUGCCUCUCACUUUUCCUUAUCCCAGAAGUUGCAGUAUUCAGGUUUCAGUUCACGUUUUCUUUUUUCUUUUUUUUUUUUUUUACAACUGCAACAAAACUAUUUGCCAAAGUAACUGGCUUAUCAUCUGUAUGACUGUGAUCUGCCAUGUUGUUGUGACUGGGAUGAGGAAAUCAAUAAAAAAAAAAAAAAAAA